AUGGAACAACCAAGCAUUCCCGACGACCUACCUGCUCCUAUCACUACUCGUAAUCGCUUGCCGAGGUCAAGAACAACAUCGAGAGCACCUAGUGAUGCAUCGAUCUCGAGGCCUGGGUCCAGAAGUUCCAUGAGGUCCGCUAGAUCGAUACAAGGAGAAACACAGACACAAUUGGAACCUGCAUCAGCACCAGCACCAGCUUUCACUUCUGCGCAAGCAUCUGGAUAUUCAGAGUAUCCAUAUGCAUAUUACUCGCCGAUAGAUGUUGAAAUGGCAAACUAUCGUUCUGGUCCAUCUCAAGGCAGUGGUAGUGGCAGCUCGUAUAGGUCCAGAUAUUACGACCCCAUCGAACGAAGUCAACUCCCUGUUUUUCGAGACAGUUCAUACUCUGCGAACACUACUUCAUCGUUAGAUCAAAGACUACCAUUUACUGAGUUUAUGCAGUAUGAAGAAAGUGGAAUUGCUGGGAGUAGCAUGACCAGAAAGAGGAAACGAGACGAUGACGAUACCUUCCACCCGUUCAUGGACGCAGAAGAACCUCAAUCUUCUAGCUGGCAGACAUCCGAGCCAUUACAUCCCCUGCGACUAGGGUUUGAACAGACAAGUGGUUCAGGUUCAGGUUAUGGUGGUAGUUCUGGGUCUGGAAUGUCGAUGGCUGCAUUUACGACACGAGGCGCAGGUGCAGGAAGUUCACAACCACGUCCAAUGGGGUCAUCUCCAUCUUCAGAACAUAUUUGGAAAAGAGAAACUGAAGAGGUUGCCGGGUUUUUACUGGGAACAGAUGCGGAUAACAGUUCUCAAUUUGGUUCCUUUCUUUCAUCAGGUCCUUCAUCGCAAGGAAAUCCUCCAGACAAAAUCGACAGAAAGGGCAAAGGAAAGGCGAAAGCCAGAACACAAACCCCCGAUCCUUCCUCCAUCAUCGACAUAUCCGACUCUCCCCCCUUAGUCAAAGAAAAAAAAGUGGAAGCACCGUCAUCGAAUACAACGGCAGCCAAAGGAAAAAACGAAGUCGUGGACCCACUUUCAUCGUACACAUGUCCAAUCUGUUUCUCGCCACCUGUAAAUGCGACACUGACGCCGUGUGGGCACAUAUGCUGCGGCUCAUGCCUGUUUGCUGCAGUGAAGACAACGAUGGCACGGGCCACAACAACAUACCCUGGAGUGCCUGAGGCAAGGGGGAUCAAGAUGGCGAAGACUUGGAUUACACUGCCAGAGACGCUUACAUCCCGACAAUUAUCUAGACGCACCCGCUUCCCGAGACUCUGCAACGCGCUUUACGACUUCCGAGAAUGUGUCAUAAGAGUUAUGUCCACAUUGGCGUCUCGGAGUCUUAUGAUUUAUGUCGUCCUACCAAAGAUGGAUCUGCAAACCACAAAUGUGGAGCCUUGA